AUGGGGAAUGGCCACGUGAAAGGAUGUUCAUGCCACCAAGAGUCGUUUGUUCCAUCAGUAUGUAAGCGUCCACCUUAUGGCCUGGGCUACAUAGUGAGUUCCAGGAAACUGACAUCUUCCAGUAACCGACCUCGAGAAGACAGCUGGUUAAAAUCCUUAUUUGUCAGGAAAGUUGAUCCGAGAAAAGAUGCUCACUCAAAUCUCCUAGCCAAAAAGGAAACGAGCAGUCUGUACAAGUUACAGUUUCACAACGUUAAGCCGGAAUGCCUAGAAGAAUACAACAAAAUUUGUCAAGAGAUGUUACCAAAGGUUCAUGAAGAUAAACAUUACCCUUGCACUUUGGUGGGAACUUGGAACACGUGGUAUGGCGAGCAGGAUCAAGCUGUUCACCUCUGGAGGUAUGAAGGAGGCUACCCCGCCCUCAUGGAGGUCAUGAGUAAACUCAGAGGAAAUCAGGAAUUUGCGGAUUUCCGUAAGACAAGAAGCAACAUGCUUCUCUCUCGGAAGAAUCAGCUGCUCCUGGAGUUCAGUUUCUGGAAUGAACCUGUCCCCCGACCAGGACCUAACAUCUACGAACUCAGGUCUUACCAGCUCCGACCAGGAACCAUGAUUGAAUGGGGCAAUUACUGGGCCCGUGCAAUUCGUUUUCGACAAGACAAUGACGAAGCAGUGGGAGGAUUCUUUUCUCAGAUCGGGCAGCUAUAUAUGGUGCAUCAUCUUUGGGCUUACAAGGAUCUGCAGAGCCGGGAAGAUACGCGGAACUCAGCCUGGCACAAACCCGGCUGGGAGGAGCUGGUGUAUUAUACAGUCCCACUCAUUCAGGAAAUGGAGUCGAGAAUCAUGAUCCCUCUGAAGACCUCACCCCUGCAGUAAAGCUAGAGAAUCAGUCUGUGCCCACGUAAAUGUCUGUGGCAAGUAUUUGUCAUAAAUUAAUUUAAUUGUAUAUCAAGUGAAAAAAGAAACACUGAAUUAUAAAUGGCUGUACAUAGCUUACAGGAGACCUCUUUUCUCUAAAGCUGAGGUAAUCACGAGAAAGGAAACCGUCUUACAGUGACUGUAGCAAGGCUCUGGCAGCCUAAGAGACCCUGCAAAUUUGUCAGACCAACCAUGGAAGACUUCACCUUCCCUCCCUCCCUGGCCGCCAGGAAAAGAGGGUCCAGAUUAAAAUUGGAAUCAUUGCAGAAUAAGAUUCCAGCCAUUAAAAAAAAAUUCUUUCUAAAAAGCAAAUGAAUUUUUUAAAUCACAGAUUUUGACAGAUUUCUCAUGUGCAGAAGAAAUACGAAUUUUAUCAUGUUUCUCAAGCAGUUUUUCUGAGUCUCAAGGUAGCAACUGUUAUGUAUGUACCCAGUACCAGAAGAUGUUGGAAUUCACUCUCCUUUCUAACCAGCUGGAAUGGAGCCGACCGUGGUGGACAGGGGCACUUACCUAGUAAUUGGCGUAGGGCCCUGUGAGCAGGGACGGAAGGCCUGAACCUGUGUAUCAUAUAUGAUUUUUGAAAUGAACACCUUGAAUAGCACCGCUUUUUAUUUGUGAUAUUUUUCUAUAAAACAAGUAGUCCUUGGCAAAGAGGUUUUAUUUUGUAAAGCAUCACUUGUAACCUCCAACGGUCUCCAGUUAGGGUUUCAGUAAGUGCGCAGCAGACUCCGAGACGUGUGAAGGGCAGUGCAUGUUGAGGUUUUCAGUCAGCAUAAAGGCGCAUACGGCGUUUGGCCUCGCUGUGGGAUUUCCUUUUAGUAUAGUUGCCAAUCUGUAAUCAUGUGAGUGUCACGGUGAACUGAAAAAUGAUGUCUGCCCCACAGAUUGAAGAAUUUUUGUGUAAAAUAAAAGUUUGCAGAAAUCUCAUAUCGGACAUUAAAGCUUUUACAUGUGAAUGGUUUCCUCCAAGAAAAAUACCAAAGUCAAUAAAAUCCUUUUAGUUUUCACAUA